AAGAUGAUUAGCGAAGGCUAACAGGCCAACGCCCCAUCUUAGGUACAUAAUGCACCCUAGGAAGUACCCAAAGGCUCAAAAUGAGUCCUAUUGACAUACCAAAAGACAAAAAGUCUCCCUCAACAAAGAAAUUGAUAUCCAACUAAGCAGAUUCUGGGCUCCUGGAUGCCACUCCAGGCCUCAUCUAGGUCCAUUUUAGCUCCCUAGAUUGGGCUAAUUGGUAUCUACUUCACAAUCUAGGUUUCCACCAUUCCCCAAAAUUAGAGCUCUUUUGCUUUCUCCUGCCAUUGAGCUCCUUUUCCUCUCUUCUGUAGAACCCAGUUUCUCAGUUUUUAAAAAAAUGCCGCCUUUAACCUAUCUUCAACUCCGCCGGCUCCUUUGCCACUGCCUCUCUUCUCCCGCUUCCGUUCAACACCGCACUUUUCUCUCUCUGAAACCUCAUUUUACCCCUACCCAUUUCCUCAAAUUGCCAUUUCUACCUGCUAAACCCUUCUCAACCCAAAACCCUAAUCCCCAAACCCUAGAUCCGAUUGCUCAAUCUCUCUCCACUGAACUCGUCCAGGACCCUAAUAUAGAACCUCUCGCCAUCACCCAAAGACUCCAGCUUCACUUCUCUCACAUCAAACCAACCCCUCUGUUAAUCUCCCAAACCCUCAAUAUCUCCCCUGAAGCUGGUCGUACUGUUUUAGGGUUUAACGAUUGGAUUCUCUCAGACCCAGAUUUCAACCACACCGACGAAACGCUGUCGUGGUUCAUUGAUUAUUUCGGUCGAAGAAAAGAUUUCAAAGCUGCCCAUGAUCUCCUUGUCAAUCACAAGUCUGUUGCGGGGCCUAAAACUCUUCACUCCUCCAUUGAUAGGCUGGUUCGUGCUGGCAGGCCCACCCAAGUUCUGGGUUUUUUCGAGAGAAUGGAGAAGGAUUAUGGGUUCAAAAGAGAUAAAGAAUCACUAAGGUUGAUAGUAGAGAAGUUAUGUGAAAAUGGGUAUGCGAGUUAUGCGGAGAAACUGGUGAAAGACUCGGCCAAUGAGAUAUUCCCGGACGAGGUGAUAUGUGAUUUAUUAAUCAAAGGUUGGUGUGUUGAUGGGAAGCUGGAAGAAGCAAAAAGAUUGGCUGGGGAAAUGUAUAGGGGAGGUUUUGAGAUUGGUACAAUGGCGUAUAACGCAAUGCUUGAUUGUGUUUGUAAGCUUUGUAGGGAAAAGGAUCCAUUUCGACUUCAUUCGGAAGCUGAGAAAGUUUUGCUUGAUAUGGAUUUUUAUGGGGUUCCCAGAAACGUGGAGACUUUUAAUGUGUUGAUGAAUAAUCUUUGUAAGAUUAGGAGAACAGAGGAUGCAAUGAAGUUGUUUUAUAGGAUGGGGGAAUGGGGGUGUUAUCCGGAUGCAGAGAGUUAUUUGAUUUUGAUUAGGAGCUUGUAUCAGGCUGCCCGAGUUGGGGAAGGCGAUGAGAUGAUUGAUAGGAUGAAGUCCGCUGGUUUUGGUGAUAAGCUUGGUAAGAAGGAAUAUUAUGGCUUUUUGAAGAUAUUAUGUGGGAUUGAGAGGGUUGAGCAUGCCGUGAGUGUUUUUAAGAAGAUGAAGGGUGAUGGGUGUUUACCUGGGAUUAAGACGUAUGAUUUGUUAAUGGGGAAAUGGUGUGCUCAUAAUCGUCUCGAUAGAGCAAAUGCUCUCUAUAAUGAAGCGGUGAAAAAUGGGGUGCCAGUGGAACCUAAGCCGUAUAGGGUGGAUCCAAGAUAUAUGAAGAAAACCAAAGCUGUGAAGAAGGAGAAGAAGAGGGAGACUUUACCUGAGAAAAUGGCUAGGAAGAGGAGACGUCUUAAGCAAAUUCGAUUAAGUUUUGUAAAGAAGACUAAAGGGAGGACGCGCGUUGCCUAAACUUGGUUUCUGCCUUACUGAAAUUUCAAGUGGAAUGACAAUGUCAAUUGGAGUUGAAGGUUCUUUUUUGAGCUUUGAUCGUUUAUUUUUGAUGAUUUCUGUUAUAACAUUUUGUUCUUGCUUUUACUCUACUGUUGGCAACAUUAGAAAUAAAAAUUAUGUUAUAGUAAUUCUUUUUAUUCAGCCUUUGCUUCUUACAACAUGAGGAUUGAUAGUUUACGUCUUUGAGUUGUAAUAAAAAGCACUUAUAAUUUGCGAGAA